GUCUCUUUGAAGAUGGUUCUGUUAGUGGUUCCAGUGAACUCGCCAAAAUGGUGAAAGUUUGCAGCGUGAACGGAGCAUGCAUGGGGCUUCUCGUUCUUCCUUUAGUUAUAGGGCUUUAUGCUUUUAAGGUGUGGAAAGUAGAAGCCCAUUGUUUUUUCAUUAACCUAUUCCUAAGGUAUUAUGCAAGAGGAGAUGCUGAAAAUGCAAUGCGAUACAUCAGUGGAGCCAGGCUUGAUGAUAGGAUCAUAUGGACAGACUGGGAUGCAGGAUUUAAGGAGGGUAGGCAGUAUGGUUGUGGAAGAUCAGGGGGGCAGGUCCGAGAUGAAUAUCGGCAAGACUACGAUGCUGGAAGAGGUGGCUAUUGCAAAACUGUUCAAUGCCAGUGA